AUGGAAGUCCUAUACUCUCGGUCCCUUCUCAUCCGGAACGUCAGCGAGAGUUGGAUAUUGUAUUUCCCCUCUGUUCAGAUGUUGCCACGUAAAGCUUCUUGUACUCGAUUUCGGAGUAGAAUGAUUGGUAGUCAAAGAAAAGAUCACUGUGUUCGCGAAUCGCUGAAAUUUUGCUCGCGUCGUAGGAAAAAUUCAGUUCCGCUGCACCAUCUCGAUAAACGGGCGGGCAUUCUUCUUAUUCUUCCUCCUCUCGUUGAACCGAUAGCCGGCGAUUUUACUACGGGGGAGGAGUAUCCCGUUGGAAUGCCCUUGUCAAAAUCUGGUGAUCGGUUCGCCCAGAGGAGACCGGAUAUUUCCCAUAUGCCUGCCAGACCUUUCUUACCAGCAUCAGGACAAUUUCUUGGUGUAGGAUUGAUUCUAGCUGAUGACUGUUCGUCGCUGGUGUGCUUCUGGUGGUGGGUGCUGGUUCUGCUGCUGCUGGCUGUGGUGGCAGUGAUGAUACGUACUGCUGUUGGUAUUGUUGCUGGUGUUGUUGUUGGUCGGACUGUGUAG